UAUAUUCUUGUUGCAAGUAUAUCCAUAGAGAGAGAGAGAUGGAGAAUAUUACUGUAGGAGAUGAUCAUAUAGAGCUCCCAAUCGUAGACCUUAGGAGGGAGCGAUCAGAAGCUUCGAGAAUGAUCGUAAAAGCGUGCGAGGAGUUCGGAUUCUUCAAGGUGAUAAACCAUGGUGUGAAGCAGGAGAUUAUUUCUCUCAUGGAAGAAGAAGCUUCAAUGUUUUUCUCCAAACCCGUAUCCGAGAAGAACCGGGCCGGACCUCCGGAUCCCUACGGAUAUGGUUCCCACAAUAUUGGGUUAAACGGUGACGUUGGUGAGGUUGAGUAUCUUCUCCUCCAAGCCAACCCUCUUUUCAUCUCUCACAAAUCUAAAUAUAUCUCUUCCCAUCCCCAACAAUUCAGCUACGUAGUGAGCAGGUAUGUGGAAGCUGUGAGGGAGUUGGCCUGUGAGAUAUUGGAUCUGAUCGUAGAGGGAUUAUGGGCUGAGGCCCAGCCCGUUUCAACGCUUAGUGGGCUUGUUCGUGAUCUCGACAGCGAUUCCCUCAUCAGGCUCAAUCACUACCCGCCCACUGACGUCAGCCAGCCAUCGGCCCACAAGAUCGGGUUCGGGGCUCAUACCGACCCUCAGAUCCUUACAAUCCUCAGAUCCAACGGCUCCAGCGGCCUCCAACUCUCAUUGCAGGGUGGGGUGUGGGUCCCCGUUGACCCACACCCGCCCUCCGCUUUUUGCGUUAACGUCGGUGACGUCUUGCAGGCUAUGACGAAUGGGAGGUUUGUAAGUGUAAAACAUAGAGCUGUGGUGAAUUCGAUAAAGUCGAGAAUGUCGAUAGUUUAUUUUGCUGCGCCGCCGUUGCAUGCUACCAUAACUUGCAUUGCUUCAAAUCCUACUUAUCGAAGCUUCAGUUGGGGCGAGUACAAGAAAGUUGUCUACACGGGUAGGCUCAACGACUGCCGCCUUAAUCUUUUCAAACUCCACUGA